UGGAUCACGUAGUGAGAAGAAUCUAUCAUGGUCAUUGGCACUAUCCACUAAUUUGACUUGUGUAGUUAUUUACACUGAAGCGAGUAUCGUGUGAUUGGGUAGGCUGUCUGACGUGCGUGUGUUGACGUUUCAUCAAAACAAAGCAGAGUCUGGCGUCUCGCCGAGCAUUUUACUACAGUAAUUCGUUGCGAAUGCGUCGUUUCUGGGCUUACGUUAACAAAAGUGUUAACUGUUUUGUACGUGCGUUACCAGUGGACAAGUGUUGUGGGCCGUAAUGUCGUCCACCGUAAAAUUCACUUCGGAUGAGAUUCUAGGCGAAUCAUGGGUGGAAUUGAAUCCUAUACCAGACAGGAUAACACCGUUACCAUUUAGUGCUGGCGGAGAGGAGUAUCUACGACUUCUUCGAGAAGCGCAAAGGGAUUCCUUACCUUCGUCCGCGAAGCAUUCUCUAGCCUCUUCUCGUCGAGGCACACCAAGAGAUAGUCCGAAGAGCCCGCCAAACAGUCCCAACACGGAACUCUCGACCGAAGAUGAACUCAAAGGAGUCUACAUAAAUUACUGUUGCAACAAGGAAAAUGAACUUUUGGAGAAAAAUACCGAUUGGAUCUAUGAAUGGAGUUCGCGACCAGACCAGGCACCGCCAAAAGACUGGAAAUUCAAACAUCCUCAGGGAAUGAACAAGAAGAAAUCUUAUAGCAUUCGUACUACGAAAGUGGGCAAGAUCGGUUUGUUUUCCAAAGAGGUUCUUUACACGCUGUUCAUUACGAAUAUUUUGUCCGUGUUGGUUGGAGCGGGCUUAGGAGUCUGGUUGACCAGGCGAGGAUCGAUAACGUCCAGCAUAACUAUCGAGUGAAGAAAAGAAAAACGAAAUAACCACGUACACGAAAGUCAGGAUUGUCGCGCUAGAAUUUGCAAGAAAAUGGAAUAAAAGGGUCGGUUUAAUCGAACUGCAAGAAAGACUGAAGAGAGCCAAGAGGGUUGAUCGAGCCUAACAGACACGCAACACCAUAUUUCGAUUACCCCGAUUUAAUUAUUAGCACUUUAUAUCUUAAUCUUCUUCCCUGCCUGAAAACUUAGCGGUGUACUUAUUGAACGCCGUAUUAAUAAUGUAAGUCGUAUUUGCAGUUAUAUGCUUAGGCAAAAAAAAUGCUUUAAAAAAAAGGCAAGAAAAAUAAUGGAAAAAAUAAUAUGAUAUAUAUAUUAUAUAUAUCUAGCGUUAUUGUGGAAACAAAAAUAUGUCCAUUUUAUACCAUUUCUAAUGCGUUUCUAUCUGCGGUAAUCCGUAGGGUAUAGCUUGGAUAGUAUUUAUCUAUAAUUAUUACUCGUUACUUGAGAAAGCAAAACGAUUUGAGAGAGGUUAAAGAAUGUUCAUUAUGUAAGAAAGUAUAUGCGUUCGCGUUUGAUAAAUAAAGAGGAAGAAGGAUUGCAUUUACUUGAAAAAGAAAGGAAUAUAUAUAUACAUACAUAUAUAUAUAUAUAUAUAUAUAAACAUACACAACAUACAUAUGAAUAUCGCGAUUUAAAUCGUGAUAAUUCCUAUUACAUUGAAAUCAAAGAUCAAUGUUGGUACAAGUCUGAAAGCGCGUUUUUUGCGAGAGAAAGUUUGAUAUCGCGUAGGAAACGGGAACGAUGUUAUGUAUUUAGUUAACGCAAUGUCUGAUUACGUUCUUUAAUCGAAUUUUAAUGAAAUACAUGAAACGUUUCGAUAACGUA